AUGGCAUCUUCGAUUACUUCCAUUGGAACUCAGGAAUCUGAAGAACUUUGUUUCCUUGAGGCAUACGAAGAGGUGGCUCCUACAAAAACGAAGGAGCAGUUGAUUGAAGAACAACUGCAAGAAUUGUACAAUUACCAAUUCACAGUUCCUGAACUCCCCGAAGAUGAUCCUUCUGGGAAAUUGGCCUACUUGGAUGCGUGCGAAAAGCUGCAUAAAGAGUCAUUCAUGAAAUUUCCAACCCGAAGUGUUGCACGAAGAAUCUGCGAUGGAAAAGAAUCACUUGACCUCAGUUUUUUUGGACUCAAAAAAAAAGGCAGCAUCGCUUUGUCUGCUGCUCUACGUGUUAAUCUCUCUAUCAAGACUCUCUCUCUUGUUGGAAAUCAUAUAACACCUGCAGGGGCAAUGGAAAUAGCGCGAUCACUAUCAGAGUCAAGAACUGUGACUUUGCUGGAUUUUGGUCAGAACAAGUUGGGAGCUCGGGACCCAGGAGAAACGGUUCGGGGUGGCGCAGUAGUGGCGGAACUACUUCGAGCCGGUAAUGUAUUGAAAACAUUGUCACUACGUGACAAUGGGUUAAGCGAUCAGCAUAUUGCAGAGUUUGUUGAGGUUGCAAUAGACAACACGGAGUUGAAUUCUCUUGACCUUAGCUUUAACAAAAUUGGUUACCUUGGUGCAAUUGAUGUUGCCCAAAUUCUUUCUCGUAAUGGAGACCUACGUGAAAUUAAUCUAGAGUGGAAUCAAUUUCAAACAAUGGGAAGUUGCCAUAUUCUCAAAGAGGGGCUGUUAAUGAAUAACACAAUCAAGCGCUUCAACUUAAGCUCAGAUGGUUUGGACGACAACUGUGCGCAACUUGUGGGUCGAAUUAUUGGUGAAAACGCCAUUGAGGAAAUUAUUAUAGCGCAUAAUAGAAUUGGUCCUAUUGGCGCUGAAGCUAUCGCAAAGGGUUUGUUGGCUACCUCCGCACUCACCACUCUUAUUUUAGAUGACAACCCCCUCCAAACUGAGGGAUGUUCUGCGCUUAUUCGUGUUGCCGCAGAGGCCAGUUCCCUUAAGCAUCUCAGCAUGCAACAAUGUCGGUGUAUUGUCGAUUUGUUACUGGACGCGGAAAGGUUGACGAAGGAAGCUCGACAAGACAUUGUUAUUUUGAUAUCUGAGGACUGCUGUGCCAAAGAAGGGAUGUAG